AUGGAACGCCAAAGCUUACUGGAGAGCACUGAAACGUUGAUUAAACUAUGUUUUACGUAUAACAAAUCAGGAAAUUUGUCAAACCCUAUUUAUGGGUACGUUAUUCCCACCGUAGCAUUAGCUUUGUUGGUUCUAAACUCAUUGGCUAUUACCGUGUUCAUGACAACAAACAGAAAAUCACCAACAAAUAUUCUACUGACUGCACUAGCGCUUUCAGACAGUUUAGGAGUAUUAGUUAUUAGUCCAACAUUUAUUCUUGUCUAUGGAUUUGAAAACAAUUUCAAAGUUAUGAAUUCUCAAUAG